UUUACAGACAAUGACAAAGAAGCUGAAAUGCAAAUUGGGCAUCCAACAGAUGUAAAGCAUGUUGCCCAUAUUGGUUGGGAUGGUCCUUCUGUCAAUCCUCCAAGCUGGAUGAAUGAAUUUAAAACAGCGCCAUCGUUUUCAUCAGCUCCUUUGUGUCUUCCUGCCCCUGGAGACAUCAAAGAGGGCGUUUCUGUGAAAUGGGUGUCUGAAGAUCGUAGCAGAAGAGGAGAAAAAGGUUCGAAUUCAUCAGCAACAGCAGCACGAAGUUUAGGGGACAUAACAAAAACAUCAAAACAUCCAUCGUCAGGGGAGUCUCCGACAUGUAGAGAAAGGUCAGAGAGACAAAAAGCAAGACGGUCUUCAAAGUCAAAGGAAUCGUCCUCCGACCACGACCACUCGCCCAGCUCAAGCCUACCCGACAUCCCAAGAAACGGGCGACGCAAGAAAACAAGCAGAGCCAAGCCGCACAUUGCCUGCAGAAACAUACGUGUCCCCUCAUUCCGAUCCUGGCACCACCUCCGGAACUGGAUCCAUAUCUAUAUCCAAGGACUCUGAUUUGUGUCAGACCCCUUAGUUCUUUCAUUUUAACUGUUUUUAUCGUUCUUAUUCAUAUCUUUUACCAUAUGGAUUUUUACUUUUUACUUUUUUUACUUUUUUACCAUACCAUACCCACCAGAGACCAGUGUAUGCCCAUAUUUAACUCAAACUAGUCAUUCUAUA